CUCUCUCCCUCCCCUGCUCGCUGCUUUUCAGUUUCCUCCCCUCUCGUCUCCCUUGGUCUUUUCAUCCACAACUCGUCCCGUGGAUUUCUUCACCCUCCCCUCCCCUUGUCUCUCUGGGCAACCUUCGCAGAGCAGUGCUGUCGUGACUUGCCGUCUGCCACUGCAAGGGAAAGAGAGAGCAGGAGGAAGAAGAGAAAGAAGGAGAAACUGAGACAGACCAAUCGAUUACUCUGGUACUGAGGAGGCUGAGAGAGACACUAGAGGAGAGGAGGUUGCAGUGUUUUUCCUGCUCGUUCUGGAUGUAUGGGAGUCUUCUCCGGCACUUGAUCCACAUUCUUCCCUUUGAGAGAGAGGACAUCGAAUUGAAGGGACAGCUGGUGCUGUUUGGAGACACCACUCUUCUUUCCCUCCCUGCCUUCAGCCUAAUUUGCCAACAUUUGGGACUUCGGAGGAGGACCCCCCUUUUGCGCGAAAGGUUCAAUGUUUACCAAAAAUAACAGAUCUCCAUUCUGAAUGAUAAUGCUGGACAUCAACAACUGCCUGUCCUUUGAACUCUCCCCACCGGGCUCUCCUCCAAUGGGAGAUGACGUGGACAUGGAGAAGGCAGGACUGAAGAUGGAUCAUGACCGACAUGUCUAUCACAGCUUGAAAGAAGGUGGGCGAUCGGGAUAUGCUCACAAGUUAACUGUCCUCCAGCUCAAACUCCAGCAGAGACGAACACGUGAGGAACUGGUCAGCCAAGGGAUCAUGCCACCACUGAAGAGCCCGGCAGCCUUUCACGAACAGCGAAGGCUUCUGGAGCGAGCAAGGACCGAGGACUAUCUGAAGAGGAAGAUUCGGUGUCGUCCUGAGCGCUCCGAGCUGAUCAGGAUGCACAUUCUGGAGGAGACAUUGGCAGAGCCGUCUCUGCAGGCCAAGCAACUGCAGCUGAAGCGAGCACGACUGGCUGACAACCUCAAUGAUAAGAUCUCCCACAGACCAGGUCCCAUCGAACUGGUUCACAAGAACAUCCUGUCGGUCACCUGCUCUCUAGAGGACUCACUGCUGGAUUCUCCAAAAGGAGCCGGGGGAGAGAGCUCGUCUCUAGACGAAGACAGCAGUGAUGCUCUGUCGCCAGACCAGCUAACCAAUCACGACUCUCCCCUGAGUGCCAUCCCUCAGCUGUCCCCCCCUGAUGCACCCACCCAGAAUGGGGACAUUUCUCCCACACAGUUCUUCACUCAGGCCCCUCCUCCGCCUCCUCCCCCCCAGGUGAUUGCCCCUGCUCUGUCACCGCCCCCGAAAUUGACAAAUGGAACAACGAUGAUUUCAGCAAGUCCCCGCUCCUCUUCGGGACAUGUCAAGGCCAGAAGCUCAGAUCGCCCUCCACAAAGAAGCAAGAAAUCAAAGGACAACAAACCCAAGGUGAAGAAGCUGAAGUACCACCAGUACAUCCCUCCCGACCAGAAGGCCGACAAGGAGCUCCCGCCGCCGAUGGACUCGUCCUACGCCAAGCUGCUCCACCAGCAGCAGCUCUUCCUGCAGCUGCAGAUCCUCAGCCAGCAACAGCAGCACUACAACUACCACACCAUCCUGCCCGCCCCUCCCAAGCCUCCAGCUGAGCAGUCCCCAGCAACCAACACCGGACCUUCCCCCUCCCGCAGCGCUCCCUCCACGACCACCCCAGCCCCUUCCAAUCAGAGCGCGGCUGGCCGUCACAGCCAAAAUGUAGCUGGAGGAGCCAAACCCACUACUCUGCCUGCCAACUUGGACGAGUUCAAAGUUGCUGAGUUGAAACAGGAACUGAAAUUACGUGGUCUGACCGUCUCCGGAACUAAGAAUGAUCUCAUUGAGAGGCUCCGCAACUACCAGGAGCAAAAUGGCGGCAACGCAGCAGUUUUGAAAAAUGGAUUAUUGCAGCAGGUCGCCAACUCUGCUGCUGUCACCAGCAUAUCCUCUCCGACUACAUCCACAACUGCCCUUGACCACCAGUCAGGAGAGAGCAUGCUUAAAUUAGCUUUGUCUUCAAUGGGUCAUGCGGUUCCUGGGAGAAUCAUGCGAUUUGGCAGCACCAGCUCCAGCCCGCCUAUGUCACCUACUCCAUCUGAGAGGUCGUUGGCUGGGAUGAGUCCGGAUGAGACGAGCUGUAAUGGAGACAUGUUCGGGGAGAUGGUGAGCUCUCCUUUGACUCAACUCACCCUGCACCCAUCUCCUCAGCCCUCGUCAAGCAUCUCUCCACUGUCACAGCUCUCCCAGGUCAAAGAGGAGAUCCAGAGCCCGUGCAGUCAGUCCACGUCUCCAGCCGCCUCGAGCCAGCGUCCAGAGCCCCUGCCAGGCGCAGCCAUGGACUCGUCCGCUGUGGAUAAGGACCAGAUGCUGCACGAGAAGGACAAACAAAUCGAGGAGUUGACCAGGAUGCUAAGGCAGAAGCAGAGGCUAGUGGAGACCCUCAGAUCCCAGCUUGAGCAGGGCAAGGUGACGGCUGGAGUAGUGGUGAAGAGGGAAGGAAGUGAGAAGAGCAAAAUGGCCCAAGAGAUUAGACUUCCGACUCUAAUAAAAGCUUCGGCCAUUCAACCCCCGACUCUUCCUAACGGCAAUGUGGUGAAGGUAAAGAGGGAGGUGGAGUCUGAGGAAGAAAUGGAGGGAGUAACGGAGGAGGCACAGUUAAAGAAGCUGGCCCAGCCAAUGCAGUGCUCUCAGGAGACCCUGCUUAGGCUGCAGCAGAUUCAUCGGCUGCAGGAAGAACAGCAGAAACAGCAGCUACAACCCAAACAGCAGCAAAGUCUGGUACAACUGCAGAAAGUAGCAGAGGCUAAAUCAAACCCUCAAAAACAACAGCAGCAAAAGAAAGAAGCUCAAAUCCUGCUCCAGCAGCAGCAGCAGCUCCAGCAGCUCAUCAUCCAGCAAACCCAACAGAAACAGCUGCUGGCCCAGCAGAAGUUGGCCCAGCAGAAGUUAGCCCAGCAGAAACUGGUCCAGCAGAAACUCACACAACAGAAGCCGGUGCUGCAGAGCCAGCUCAAACAAACCCCAGGGCCAGUUCAACAGAGCCAGCCGAAGAACCAAGUUCAGCUGAAGCAGGUUCAGGUGCAGAUCCAGAACCAGUCGGUUGUAAGCCAGAGGACUGCAGCUACCCAAAUCCAGCAGAGGAAACAACUGAGGGCUCACCAGAGGCAGCAGCAGAAACAGCAGACAGCAGCUGCUGCCACACAACAGGUGACUCCAGUCUUCAUCAACCAACAGAACGGCACUCCGGUCCAAACUCAGGCCAUUUCAUUAGACGUCCUCAAGGCCAACGGCGCACCCACACUGGUCACCGAUAGCAACGGCAACCACUACCUGAUCGCUCUCACCAGUCCCACCCAAGGCGGACAGAAUGGAGGGUCUCCAUUGGCCAAAACCAACGGACGCAUCACACUGCAGAGAUUGCUGUCGACUCUGAAUAAACCCCCAAGCACUGAGAGCCAAUCAAAAGAGCAGGUGGAGGCGGAGGCAGAGCCUGUGAGCGAGCCAAUCAAAAAGGCACAGAAGGCGGGGCUUCACCUGGACACCAGUAGCGUCCCACAACCCUGUCACCAGUCGGUCACCGCUCCUCCCAGCCUGCAGCCUUUCUUCGACGACAUGUCAGAGAGCGAAAGCCAAAGCAGCCUGAUCUCAUCUCUUAAGAGAGAGGAGUUGUGUCCGCCUUACGACCGGCACACACUGUUCACCCCUCCCUCUCCCAAACCCAACACCUCCCUUCCUCCUCAACGCUCCAAAGAGAACGGCAUGAACAGUCAGCAGAUGGACGACCUGUUCGAUAUCCUGCUGAAGAGUGGAGAAAUCCCCAGCUUCAAGUCCAACCCAGACCCUUCCCUCGCCCCUCUCCACUCCAAUCCACCCUCCCCGUCCUCUCCCCCAUCUCCCCUCCACCUCUCUCCUUCAUCGCCAACAGACCCCCUCAUCUCCCCUCAGCCUUGCACGGGCGGCGGACGCCUGGAGGACUUCCUGGAGAGCACCACAGGUGCCCCUCUGCUGGGCGUGGAGCCAGACGGCGCCCUGACACUGAUCGACGACCUCCACAGCCAAAUGCUGAGCACGCCCAGCAUCCUUGACCACCCAUCGACCCCCAUGGACACGUCCGACCUGGGCUUCUCCCCCCACUCCACGGGGUUGGACUUCGGCGACCCCACCUUGGACAGCAUGGACUGGCUGGACAUCUCCAUGGUGGGGAGCGCCAGUGGAGGGAGCGGGGGCGGCAGAGGGGACAGUGGAGGAAGAGGAGACGGUGGAACGAGUCUGGCCCCGCUGGCGCCACACACUCCGCCGAGCGUCUUCUCGACCGAUUUUCUGGACAGCACGGACCUGCAGCUGCACUGGGAGUCGUGUUUGUAGGUCCACACACAGAUGGACUCACACUUGCUCACACUGUGUAAAGGCUCUGUCUUCAUUUCAUGCACAUACAGAAAGUUCUCUAUGCUGUCUCUACCACUGCAGGGGUCACUGGCACAUGCACUCACAUUUACACACAUCUCUCUCACUGGCUGUUACUCUAUGCAGGCAAAAAAAGAAAAAUAAAUGAAAUUCAUUUAGCCGAUUUGAUCGUGGUGGGACUGAAGUGGAGUUUUAGAAUUUUUAAUUCUACUGGGAUUCAAACAGCAGACUGUUAUAACCCAAAUUAUGUGUCCUGACCUGCAUUUCAACUGAGUUAAAGGGGCUAUGUGCAAGUUUGCUAUAGCUACAUAGCUAGCAUUAGCAUUAACAGCUGUUUACCCACCACUCUAGCCAAGAGCUUCAGCCAUCUUGUGUUGGCGCCCUGAGGAAGGUCGUCUUCUUCGGGGCAGACUGGACACAAAAGUGACGAGAUGGGCCGGCUGGGCCGGGGCUAGCUGGUUAGCGUGCCAAUAUCGGUAGAAGAAAUAUAAAGAUGGAAAUAGAAGCAAAACAUGAGAAUUGGCUUUGAACGGAGAUAAAUAAAGGAAGGAGCUGCUGUCCGCUGAGGAAAACGCUGUUAAUGUAGCAAUAGCAAAUCUUAACAGUCACCUCCUUUUAAAGGGAACCAGUAGAAACUCUAGGUCACUGUAAUAAAGUCAAUUCAACCCUUGGAAACGGUUGACAGACGAGAGCCGGCGCGAGCUGGCGAGCGACUGUCGGCGGAAUUCACUCGGUCUCCGCAGAGCGUGUGUCAGUGCCUCCAAAAUUUUGCACUUAUGCUGAAUCUGAUUGGUUCAUAGGGGGCGUUUGGGUCGGCGGCCAAAUCUUAGCACUGUGCGGCGAGGCUGAGCGAACACCGCCAUUUGUCACAUUGAUCAGCUGAGCCGCUGAUGGUGUCAACCUGAACACCCCCCCCCACACACACACACACACACUAGUACAAAAAAAAGAAACAACCAUCAUUGGUUGAAAGUUGCUGUUGAGAUGAACCAUAUCAGAGGCAACGGUUUGAAUUGAAACCUCAUUGGAGGCUGCGUAUUAUUGGUAACAUUAUGGUAGACCACUAUGUAUUGCUGUAUAUGGGGUGUAUAUUAUCAAUUGUCCAUAUGACUAUUUUUCUUUGCUGGUUGCUUUAGAAUCGAGUUGGCCGGCUUGGGAACAUGGGUUGAGGUUUCCAAAAUAAUUGAACCUUGUCAUUUUUUUAAAGAAAAAAAGUUUAAAAAAAAUAAACAUAUUAUAAAAAAGU